AUGCCUUGUGCAGAAUGUUGGGAUCCAGCUCGCGCUUUUUUUUUAGCGGCCCACCACCAGCAACGUCAGGAGCUGCUGGUGCUCUUACAGAACCAGGUGCUGCGUGCACCACAGCACCGACCUGAACUGGAGUCCAGUCCUCAUGAGGAAAGCGAAGCGCAGAAGCAAUCGCAGCAAAAAAGGCAAACUCUCGUUGAAAGGCGAGAGGGAACCUACUGCGCACGAUGCUGCGACAACAAUUACCAGGGAGUGCAGUGCGAGUUUGACAGGAAUAAUCGCUGCACACCAUAUCCCGUUGUCUACAGCUGCAGCCUUACGUGCGGCUGCGGCAUCAGCCACAUAACCAGUUCCACUGGUGAAGGCGAACACAGCAGAACUGACAGCCGCGGGCUGCCUGAAGUUAUAUGCACUGCACGAGACUCAGCGCCAAUGGCAGUGGUGGUACCAACAGAAGAGACUCAGGGAGCAUCAGUAGGCAAUUCAAUCAUACGGUUGCACAGGAAAACACUCCGGUUGCUGCGGGGAUUCAGCCCUUUAGCCAAAAGCAUCCGUUUCACUUUACCCGUGCUGGAUCUACCACAUGCCUGCCUUGGGUUGCCAGACGUUUUGGAUGCUGGUCUUCUAAGUGCUGUGGUUGCUGCUGUACAGCGUGAAGCUGCUGCGAUCAGUCCACGCUCACCGAAACACUCACAUCUGCAGCAACGGGAAGUAGAAGGACAGCACAACCAGCGGCAGGCGGAGAGGCAUCAGCACGACCCGGUGGGACAAGGGACAUAUAUGACCGCUACGUGUGCGACCGCUCGUGUUGUAGCUGAACCGGAGCCUGCGGAAGAUGGACACGUGCUGCUGCCUGAGAGGUUUCAGGAUCUACUGGUACAGGAGUCAAUUAGGAGAGAUCAGCAGGAACAUUCGCAAGUGCCACGACAGCAAACACGUUUUAGGCGGCUACGGGGAGGGCUGCAAGAAGAAUUGCAGCAACUAGACUUCACGCGUAAUCACCCAUCUGGCGAAUUUUUGCUAGACGACAAUGGCACGAGCAGCAGCAGUGACGAUUUGGCAUGCGAUUCUGAAGGACAGCCACACUGCUAUGGCUGCAGCAGAAGUGAUUCCUCAAGCAGCAGCAAACGGAGACCUGGUAGCAGCGGAUGCUGGCAGCAAAUGGCAGUGCAGUUGCACUCCCUCAUCUUUGGACAGGAUCUGGCUCUGCAGGAAGAGCUACUUUGCACCGCACCGGCAGCGGUAGCACCUUAUGACAAAACAAGAUCGGAAGGACCGCACGCAAUGGAUGAAGCAAAUGCGAUAGGGGCACGAGGUGCAGGAUUUCAGUGUACUUCCACAGCAGCCUAUCCAGUGGCCCACAGCGCUAGUAUCAUGCAUGGUACCGCUGCUGCUCCCACCGUUUUUUGUGGUGUUGCCUCCUUCAGAUCGCCGCAGCACAUUGCUCAGUCGCAUUCUCAUCAGUCGCUGACAGCUGAAGUAGCACAGCAGCUCCUGAGCCGCGUAGCUUUGGUUGCUCUCGAGGCACACAGGCACCCGAUGGAGCAUGCGCAGUAUCGACAUGCGAAUCAUUACAAAGUACAGCUGGAACAGACAAAGCUUCAGGAACAGAACGAGCAGCAGGGAUGGGGUAAAGGCAGCGGCUCAAGGGGCGGCUGCUCUUGCACUGUCAGUAGCAGCCGAAGCUUCUGUAUGUUUCUUCUCCGUCUCUUACAGGACUAUCGAGCACAGCAGCAAGGGCAUGAGCGGCUACAGUUACUUUUGCUCCAACUGGUGCUGUUGCUGGUUCAGCAGCAAUUGGCGUGCCACCUUUGCCGUAGCGAUGAGAGAUUUUUCGAGCAUCCCGCGCUCUUUGUGGUACAGCAGCUACAGCAGCUUUUGCAGCGAAGUUCGUGGUCAAACGACCAUAAGGGGCAAAUGCUGCCUCGUUUGUUUCUGGUUAUGAAUUCACUACACCAACAAAAACGGUUGCUGCUGCUUCUGCAGCUUGCUCUGCUACUGCGGACGUGGCAAGUUGACUGCCGCAGUAGACAUGGCAGUGGAGUUGUUCGUGUGGCAUAUCUGUGCAUUCUCUGCGGCGGCUUGUGCUACGAGCUGAGGGAAGCAGCGGCAGAUAUCCUUGCUGCUGGGGCGUUAGAUGAGCUUUCAGCAACAUUUCAACGAACAGAGAUAGAAGAGACCCGCGCAUCUAUUACGCUCAUGGAUGUUACGACAUUAGACGCUGCGAAGAAAACAGUAACUGGAGCAAGCGCAGUGGUGCUUUGUGCGUCAAUCGCGAAGGCCGCAACAAAAGGAAACAGGGCGGCGGCGGCCGCAGCAACAGAAUUAGUUGCUUCAGUUGCUUGCUGUUUCUUGCUGCAGCAGCGCUACGCUAAAAGUCGUUUGGCUGGGCCAACAGGACCGUGCGAAUCAGAUUUUAUUGUCCGCCGGAACAUUAGGGAGUUCGCUGCUGAAGUUGCAGCACCAGCACUUCCGUUGCUACUUCUUCUCUUGUUGCCAGCUUUACAUCAACCAUUAGUGGAGAGCACAACCAUGCAUGAUGCAGCAGCAACGCCUUUUUCCGUGUCAUUGCAAGCAGCGGAAAGCCUCCACUUAGUACGCUUAGCCCUAACCCAGGCUCAGCAAACUGAGUUCAACUCCCAGGCUUCCCAGCAGCGCCACAGGCAGGUGGUGGUGAAGCACCAGCAAUCGCAGCCUAUAAGCCAGCACCGCCAGCAGGGCAGCAGUAAAGAUCUCCGGCAGGAACGGCGGCAGUUCAUGAGGAUGCUAGAGCAACAACUGAUGGGGCUUCUUAGUACUGCGCUUCGGCGUUGCGAAGAGCGGCUCGAUGUACUGUUGCCUUUGCUGCGUUGGGAUUGCUUGCGCAGCAACAGUAUACUCAGCAGUAAAAGAUGGACGCUUAUAGAAGCAGCAGCAGCAGCAGUAGAAGCGCCGCUAGGUUAUGUCUGUGUGCUGGUUCGCCUGUCAAGGCUUGCAACUACCACACCAGCGGAAAGUAGUGGCCCGAAAGAAGCGCCACUGGAAGAGGUUGUUGCCUCUUUGGUGAGCAUGCUGCUCAGUUUCAUACAUGCAUGCGGGGCUGGACUAAUUGAAGGUGCAAAAGGGGCGUCUUUUGUAGAGCCACCGGCAGCGACUACACUUGACGCGUCUUUAAGGAGCGCAGCGUUUGGGUGCUUCAGUAAGCUUCUCAUUGCUCUAACUGAGGCGGCUCGAAGUACAUGCAAGCAGAUAAGACAGGCAGAAGAAGCUGUAACCACAACGAUUAUUUCAGAAGGCGCAGCUAGCGCCGCCUCUGCGCUGCAAGGCUGUCUGGCAAGAGGUGCCGUGGCACUCUCUCGCUUUUGCCUGGAACUGGCCGCAGCUGGGCGGCCGCUGCCUCAGCACGAGCAAGUGUCGGAUUUUCUAGAUGCAGCUGCGGAUGCAGAAAGCACGCUCUUGCACUUUUCGUCAAUGCAUGGAGAGGUGGAACAACAGCAUCGGCAUCUGCCGCCAUUGGCUUGCGAGCUGCUCAAGCUAGCCAUAGAGUCCCCCAUCGUCAGCAGCAAGUACAGCAGUGCCAACUACAGUGGCAUCCGUGUCGGCAAGGGCGGCGACAGCAGCAUAUGCUACUGUGCUGCUAGCUGUCGAUAUGGAGUGUUUACUGCCUGUGAGGCGUCUUGCGCACAGGCAGGUGAAAUUGCCAAGCCUAGUACAAUUCGUGACGCCAAGGGAGUGGCCCCAGUUGCUGGUGACGGAGCGAAAACAGCAGCCGAUGGUAGAGUUCUGGCUCCUGUUCCUUUGUCCUACGUUGCUGUAGAGUCGAUUGUUGCUGUCGCCCUACAUGCGUUUGCGCGCUGUCUUGGCCAUCAGAGAGUGAGUGCUGGCGCCGCCACAGCAGAACCAAGUUCAGCAAUAUACGGUAAUUAUUCGAAGCGUGUGCCGGAAGAAAGAACCAUCGGUACUGGUGCUGCAGAUUUUGCAGUGCGAAUUCUAUGCACUGCUUGGGCGCAACUCAUUGAACCGGUGCUACGGCAGGUUUGCUGUCCGGCCCUCAGCUCUGCGGUAGGCGCAGCGACAACAGCGGCGGUGGCAGGGCGGCCAGCUGCGGCUGCGGCAGCAAAGACAGAAACAGCCAGAGGUGCGGCAAUGGCAGCUCUGUCCGUAACAACAGAGCAACAACAUGCGCUCGCCAUAAUCGAAAGCCGCGGAAGCCUUGUGACGGCCUUCUCAGCAGCAAUAGCGGCAGUUACCGCUGCAUCUGCACAAACACCAAGGCUUCGAGGCUCAUACAGCGAAUUGCAGCAACUGCAGCAAGACUUUUUACUGCUUUUGCAAGACGCAACAGUCGCUGCAGCACACAUUGUCCUCUGCCAAGAACAAGCCAGCAGCAGAGAAUGCUGCACAGGCAGCUUGUACGAAUUCCAUGGUGGCAGCUACUGGAAUGCAGCUCAUCGUCAGGACCCUGUUGCCGUGCUAGAGCAGCUUGUACAGGCCCUACUCUCCCAUUAUGACAACCGCGCGAUUCCUGUGCAUCUCCUACCCACCAAAUGCGUCAGCUGCGGAAUUAGUAGCUCCUGCUGCAACUCAAACGACGAGACCAGUUGCCUGUGGCCGCUUAUGCUCCAGGUGGCUGCUGCUGUGCCCUCGCUUCGGUCACGGGCACUGCGGUUGUUUGUGCGACUCCUCCGUCGCCUACUUGCACAGCAGCGCCAGGCUGAAGAACAGCAGCAACAGCAGCAGCUUGUCGAAAUUUGGUGCCUUCUGUACAGUUUCUUCUGUACAGGCGAAGCAGCUGCAACAGUAGCAUCAGUAGAGAGAAACUGCGGCAGCAGAAGUUGUUGCUGUUACAGAAUGAGACUAAGCGACCUCCUCAACCAAGAUGAUUGGGUCCAGUGCAGCGCGUUAUUGCUGGAGUUGUUGGAGUUGCUACAGCAGACAGCCCGGGAGGUUCCUUGCACUAUUGCUGCUGGUGCUUCUGCGCAUUCCCAUCUGGCAAAAACAGCAGCCAGAGUAAACCAAUUAGCAGAAGCGGAAAUUGCCUCGCGACGCCCUCCUGAAGCUGAGUAA